AUGAAGUUUCUAUACACUCUAUUGCUGAGUAUGACUACAGUCAAUAUUUUGACUGCAUUUGCUAGAAUUGAUCAAGAAUAAUUGCUUGCACAGGAAUUUCCAGUUUCUGGAUUCGACGAUGAUGAGGAGCAUACGUUUUUAUCUGAAAAUUAGUUUUAAAGAAUGCUCGCAUUAGCUCCUUCACUUUACAAAGACUGUAUCGGAUGCAUUGCAAAUAGCUAUUAUUUCGAUUCAAAUGGAUGCUGGCAAAAAAUAUCUCAAACUAAUUUGAUUUACGCUUCCAACCCUACUGAAUGUGUUACAAUGUAUUCGUUUAAAUCAAACCGACAAAUAUAUUCCUAUGAUGAAUUAUACAAUCCGUAGUCAAAAACAGGCGAUCAAUCAGAAUUCUUUUUUAGUUUGGCUCCACAAAAUGGAACGUUCGUCAGGAUAGCUAAUAGUUUGAGCUCUGGAAACCUUUCAUUUAGUAUUAAAUGUUAGGGCUUAUAAGUUUCUUGGAUUAGUGCAGCUGUUGCAUCUCCAGGCAUCGGUACUUCAAUUAAUUCUGCAACUGACUGCUCAAUUACCAGGUAAAUAACAAUAGCACCUAAACAAGCCUUUUUCUAUGCAGUUUAUAAUGCUGAGACAACAAGCAGAAGAAACACUACUUUUGUUACUUCAAUCGUUGGCAGGACAUCGUCUGGUAGCGGAACAACUACUAACUCAGGAUCAACAAACACAGACCCUUAUGCUGCUUAUCAAGUUCAAAUGUUUUUCCAAUAAAGAAUUGAAGUGCAGGUAUCGCAGAACACCAAUGUCACAGUAAAUGUUGGAUCAGGAAAUAUUCUUAAAUAUUCAUUAGUGUCACUUGCUCUAUUUACCAUAACUACUAUUACUAAUUGA